AUGCUACGAGGUCUUAUCAAACCGUUCUUUCCGGUGGCCCAACUGCAUUUGUAUUUCUCGAGAAGAUAUUUAUUUAUUGCUUCUAUAGGAAAUCCUGAACCACAAUAUGCUAAUACCAGACACAAUGCAGGACAUAGAUUGAUGAACCAAUUGAUUGAUGUAUACUGGAAAGAUCAUCUUUACAAGAAAGGGCUUUAUUAUUUAUCAACCAAAUAUCCCAAUUUAGUGCUUUUCAAAUCCAAUGAUUCACUAAUGAACCUACAAGGAUUACCAAUUUCAAAGCAUUUUACUAAACAAGGUUAUGGAAAAUCGGCUUUGGUGAUUCUUCAUGACGAAUUGCAAAUUCAUCUAGGUAAAUAUCAGAUCCGUAAACCUGGUACCAGUUCAAGAGGACAUAAUGGGUUGAAAUCCAUCGAUAAGUAUUUAAAGAAUAAAUAUUUUAAGUUUGGAAUAGGUAUUGGUCGUCCACCGGCAUCACAGUCAGUAGUACAGUACGUAUUGAAUGAGUUUCUGGUGGAAGACUUGAAAGUGAUUGAUUGGAAGGUGUUACCAAAAUGUGUAAAAGAUUUGGAAAAUAUGGUUAUUCAAGAUUUAAAACUGCAAAGUGGAAAAGAUAGGGUAAACGAUUUAUGA